AUGGAUGUUUUUUAUAAAACCGCGUUUGCUUUGCUUCCAUUAUCAUUUCUUGGAUUUCUGGCUAAUUGGUGUGUGUUCUAUUGCUUUAUCCGAUUAAAAGAGUUUCAUCAUUCGUUUGGAUACCUUUCCGCAAGUCAAGCUUUGAUCGAUGCGAUAUACUCUUCGACGUUCCUAUUCUAUGUCUGUCCGAUGGUUUUACUUAAAUUUGAAUUUACAAAGGUAUAUUCUUCUUAUGCCGGUUUCAUUGCUUUAUUAUGCUACGAACUAUCUGUUUUUACCCAUUUGGCAAUUUCUUUUAACAGGUUAACUGCUGUCUGGAUGCCAAAGAGCUACCAAGUAAUAUUCAGUGGGAAUAAUACAAUUUCCAUUAUUCUGGGAAUUUGGGUUAUUAUCACUGUGAUGGAUUAUUGCUUGUACGAAUGUCUCUGUCACAUAUACUUCAAUUUUCAAACUAUUUCGUUUGAAUUCACCGAUACUGAAAUUUGCGGAUUAGUUUCCUGAUAUGGUGACUUUGUGAAAAAUGGCUGCACUAUCUCCAGUGGAGUUCGAAGAGUACGGUCUAGAGCAAACGUAAGCAGAUCUACCCAAAAACAAUUAAACCGCCGGGAGAAACGAUUUAUCAGACAGACCGUUUUUCAAGGGUCUAUUUUUAUGUUUGAACUGUUGAGCUAUAUUUUUACUCCACAAUUAACAAACAACUCUACUGUAAUAUUUCUCGGGACAUCGUUUUGUUUUGUUGCUAUUCACGUUUUAGACGGGGUUAUUGUGGUUGUCUGUAAUCCAGAAAUUAGAAAAUUGGUAUUCUGCACCAAUAAGUCUACGCUAUCAUCGUCUGGACAAAGAUCAUGA